AUGCCUCAUUUCCUUUUAUACAUUAUUGUAUCUCACUUUCUUUCUUUCUCUCUUUCCUCUUCAGUGUUCUCUUUAUUUAUCUUUCACCUUUUAUCUGCUUCUCUCUCUUUAACCCUAUUUCUCGCUUUAUUUCGUCCUCUCUUUUUCUUUUUGACAUAUUUCUUAUUGUACAUUAUUUUCCUCCUCUUUUUCUUCCCCUCUCUUUCUCUUACUUUUUUUUUCCCCUAUAUUCUCUCUAUAUCUUUAGCUUUUUAUUUACACCUCCCUUCUAACUCAUUUUUUUCCCGUUCCCUGUCUUUUGGCUUCGUUUCUUUUUAUACAUUAUCCUCUCUUUCUUUCAUUCUAUUUUUUUUCUUUUUCUCGUCCUCUUUCUCUCUCUAUCGCUCACUCUCUAGUUACUUUUCUACCUCUCUUUAUCUUGUGCUCUCUUUAUCGCUUUUCCCUGUUUAUUUAUCUUUCCUUUCUUUUGCUUCUCGCUUUCAUUCAUUUAUUAUUUUGCUGGUAUUAGAUUUUUUUAAAAAUAUCAACUGUAUAUAUUUUUUUUUUUUUGUUCAUUCCAUCUAUCUGCUUAUUAUUUUUGUAAUCUAUCUUUUUCGUCUUUCUAUCUUUUUUAUUCUUCUCAACGAUUCUUUCUUCUUUCUUUCCCUCGUUUUAUAUCGUCUUUCUUUCUUCUUUAUCCCUAUCUAUUCUGUUACAAUUCUUUUUCUACCUUGUUCUCUUCAAAUCUCUCUCCCAUCAUAUAUUUACGUCUAUAUUAUGGUUUCUAUUUUCCUCUUCGUUUGUUUGCUUUAUUUUUUUUUGUUACUUUUCUCCGUUUCUUUUGCUUCGCCCAUUUUUUCUUUUAUCUUUUCAGCCAUCUUUCUAUCUUUUCUUUCUGUUUGUUUGUUUCCCCAGUUUUCCUUCUCACACUUGAUCUUCUAUCCAACUUUUUCCCGCCACUUUCUUCCAGUUAUCUGUUGCUUUCCUUUAGUUCCUUUUUUUUCUUUCUUCUUUCAUUAUCUCCCCAACAACAUCUGUAACAUGUUUCUUUUCGUUAGAUUUUCUCAUCUCUUUCUUUCUUUCUUUUCCUCUCAUAUGAUAAUCUCCUUCCCUGCUAUCCGCUAUUUUCUUUUCUAUUUUCUUUCUUUCGUCCUUUGUCUCUUCUUUAUUUCUCUCCUCUCUCUUAUUAUUCUUUGCCUCCCUAUUUUAUACCCUUUCUACUUUUUCUCACUUCCCUAA